UGAAUGGCUCUCUGAAGUUCGGAUACGUUUCGUACUUUGCGUGUUUCGUACUUUAAAGAGCGGCAGAACCAAGCACAGCGAUGGCGACGCCAACCAAGCGCCCCUGCGUCGUCCGUGACGCCUCGACGGCCGUCGCUCGCCUCAACGGCGCAGUGCUGAUCGACAUGCUCCAGAUGAUUCCGAAUGCUCGGGAUGCUCUGGCCUUCCUCAACGCAUGGCCCUCCACGGCGCUGCCACCUUCGCUCGUAGCGCUCAAGGAACUCAGUGGCGUCAUGAGUCUCACCACUCAGUGGCCGAGCCUCGUCCUCCAAACGAUUCCAACCGACCACAUGGAACUCGGGGUAUCGGCGCUGCCCGCGUUCCCACAGAUCCAGGUGUCCGACAUGACUGAUGCGCGCUGCCUUGCUGCAGCGCUCCCACGCACGGUCCGUGUCAAGCUGUCUACCUCGAGUAUGUGGACCGACGCGACCCAUGCAGUGGUCCGCGCGUGGCACGAUCACAUUACGGACCUCUCUUUCCGCAAGCCGAGCGACAUGCCCGAGGCAGUCGUCGACGCAUUGCGACAGUGCACGCACCUUCGCAACGUCUCGAUCGUCGACCCGAUCAACGCCACGGUCGCCCAGCAGAUCGUCGCUGCUGUCACGACCCGGAGCCUCCAGCAGCUUGACCUCGAUGUCAUGUUCAAGGACCCCUUGGAUACAACGGACAUGGCUGCCUGGCUACGUCGCGGUGGCGCCACGACGCUUCGCCUCGCAUGCACGGGCGUCACGGACGCUACUGCCUUGGCCGACGCCAUCUACUCAUGCGACUCGCUCGCCUCGCUCUCACUUGUGGGCGCCCGCAGCGUCGUCGAUGCCCUUCUCGCCUCGCCUCGGCCCUUGCACCAGCUCUCGGAGCUGUCACUCGACGUCCGCGGCGCCGCGCAAAACGACACGGCACUGCUGCACAAGCUCAGUGGCGCCAAGAUGACGUCGCUGACGCUGAUCGGUCGCAUCAUCGACGCGCCGCCCGGCAUCUGGAAGCCGCUCAUGAGCUUCACCAAGCUGCAGCAACUCACGCUUCAGCGCAUCUCGCUUCUCGACGUGUCCGCGUCAGGAACGUGCCCGCAGCUUCGUAGCGUGACGCUACGCGAGCUCGCGAUGCAAGCCAAAGACAUCCCCAAAGUGACCAAGUGGCUCGGCACGUCCAUGUCGCUCCGAAGUCUCGAGUGGGCCGACAUGAAGCUCGGGCGCCAGGGCCUCACAGCACUGGCGCAGGCGGUCCCGCACUGGAUGACUCAUGGCCUCGAGACGCUGUCGCUCCAGAGCAUUCCGAUCGACGCCGACGGCGCCAAACGGUUGGCAGCAUCGCUCCAGCAGGGACGCAACCCGUCACCGCUUCGCAUCGCGCUGAGCAAUAGCCAGCUGCUCCGCGGCUCGGUCCAGCAGCUGGCGAACGCGAUCGAUGCGUGCCGGCAGGUGACGCUCGGGCUCUUCUCGAGCCACUCGCGCAAGUACAAGCUCGAGAUAGCUGCCGGAUUGGGCCAGCCGGAUGUUGACGCGGGCGACGUCAUUUUCGUUCAGAUGGCGUCUCCACCUGCCUAGUCAUGAUACAUGUCCAAACUAUCCAAGCUAUCCAAACUAUCCAAGCUAUCCAGUGUGGAUUUGUGGAUUGAAUGCAAUGUAUGCGUGGCCAUGUUCUCGCC